AUGGCGGAGGGGAGUGAACUGAUGAACAGGCUCAUGAGUGAGAACGCCGACCUCAAGAAGCAGGUGCGGCUCCUCAAGGAGAACCAGAUGCUGAAGCGGCUACUCAGUGAGAGCUGCCAGGAGAGUGGGGGCCGUGCAGCCACUCGUGAACUCCUCUUCCCCAGGGCCCCCAGUUACCCCGAGGCCUGCUCCCCUGCGGGUGCAGCUCCAGAGUAUGGAAGGUUCACCAGUGUCCCCGACAUGGCAUCCCACCUGCAGGCGUCCUCCCUGGAUGACUUGCUGUGCUCCCACGUCAACCUCUCCCAUGAGGAUGAGGCCUCCCCAGGCUGUGUGGCCUCUACCUCGACAACCUUCAAAGCAUUCCUUGGGUCCCCAGAGCUACACUCAUCAAGCAAUAUGGACAGGAAGCUGCCCCCACAUCUCAGCCCUUUGCAGGACACUCUGGCUGACAAGACCCUGCUAGAGCCCAGAGAGAUGGCACGGCCCAAGAAGGUUUGCUUCUCAGAGAGCAGCCUGACCUCUGGGGACAAGACACGAAGAAGCUACUACCUCAGUGAGAUCCAGGGUUUCUCCAGCGCAGAAAAAGACGGCCGCAUAGUCGGUGAGAUUGCCUUCCAGCUGGACCGGCGUAUCCUGGCCUACGUUUUCCCGGGAGUGACGCGGCUGUAUGGCUUCACUGUGUCCAACAUCCCCGAGAAGAUCAAGCAGACCUCCAUCAAGUCGCUGGACGGCUCAGUGGACGAGAAGAAGCUGCGGGAGCUGACGCACCGCUACCUGACGCUGACGGCGCGCCUGGAGAAGCUGGGCUACAACCGCGACGUGCACCCGGUGUUCAGCGAGUUUCUCAUCAACACCUAUGGCAUCCUGAAGCAGCGGCCCGACCUGCGCGCCCACCCGCUGCACAGCAGCCCCGCAGCGCUGCGCAAGCUGGUCAUUGACAUAGUGCCGCCCAAGUUUCUGGGGGACUCGCUGCUGCUGCUCAACUGUCUCUGCGAACUCUCCAAGGAGGACACCAAGCCUCUCUUCGCCUGGUGAGCGCCGCCGCGCCCCGGCACUGCUGCUGCCUCCACAAUAAACGUGUUUAUUCAAACCCGGGCGGCGCUCCUCCUGCGCGUCCCC